AGACUCGACGAUUCAGAGCUUAGUGCGAUAUUGAAUCAAUUGAACGUGUUUACUUGAGCUUCCUUUAAAGUUAUCAAAUCAAACUUCAAAAUGCUGAUCAACCGACAUUCCUGUUCGAAACUACUUUUUUUGAUGGUUUGGCUGUGCUUGGCAUUUGACUUGAAACCUGUCUCGGCCGGGAAGUGUUGUGUUGGCUCUAAAAAGUAAAAAAAAAAACUAAAAGUCAAAUUGUGUCACUAUGUCACUAACUAUAUUGAUUACACCAAAUAAAUAAUUUUUGAGCAUAGCUUGGGUUGUUUUUACUAAAGCUUUAUAGCUAACUUAACAACCAUUCAUGAUUAGCUUCCCAGUCAGAUGAGCAUCCUGAGGAUCGAUGUAAAACGCAUAUCUCAUUUUCUAAGUGACUUUUUACGAAGUAACCUGAGCUCGAGCCAUAACCUGCCUAAUAAAUGUCAGCAAUUUGAGCAAAUAAUUUUGACAAUUCUAUUGUCAACCACCGCAAAGCACAUUGGGCUCUCGAUAUACUGCCUACUUCCAUCCAGCGACCCACAUCAUCAUAAUCAUCAUCAAAGUGCCUCGGUGGUUGGCAUAAUUUUCGCGAAGUAAAAAAGAAAAGCAAACAAAAUUUGAAACAUAAAAAUGUAAUUUGGCUGUGUGGGUGAGGGUGAUGGUGUUGGGUGCGACCCAGUGUUAAAUACUGGAACCUUUUUUUUCGCUGUGUACCACAUAAAAGUACAUUAAAAUAAUGCCGGUUUAGGUCACAGACAGCUGGGGCAGAGCGAAAGGCUCGUAGAGUCAUUUAUUUAUGACAGCCACCUUCUCAACCAAGCGAAAUUUAUGCUAAACAGGGAAGAAGUCUCAAAUUGAAGGGGUGGCUGUUGUUGCUCUGAGCAAUGGAGUGUCCUGGCAAAAGGACAAUGGAUCUGCGUUUGCUGUUAAUCAGUGCAAGUUUCGGAAAGUAAUCAGCAAAUAUUUGCGCACUUUUUGUUGCGAUUUUCUCGAGCAUUCUCUUCAUUUUCAUAAAAGCGUGGUUUCUUUCCCCUGCCGCUCUGUUUGCUCGAUUGUUCUUGUAUUUAUUUCCAUCUAAGAUACAAGAUACAAAUGGAAAUCUAUCAAAGCAGAUCUGAUUUGCUGGCAACUUUCGAGCAAACCAAUUGCAUCAUCAUCGUUUGGUAUUCGAGAGCCCUUGUAUCAUCUGGCCUUAUAAGGGAUUGACUACUUUCACAAUUAUCUUGGCCAACGAGUCGUAAUGAUCAACUGGAAACUGUGCUUUGAUUCAGUUUAAUUUAACUACUCAUCGCCAACGGUUUGAAUUGAAUAUGGCAUCUUCGAUGGACUUACUCUGCCUUUUUGGCAUUUUGGUUAUCAGCAGCAUGCUACUGGAAACUUCGGCUCUGGACAGCGAAGUUGUGGAGUCCGUAACCGGUGCUUCGAAGUCAAGUAACUUCAGUGAAAAUGUGAAAAUAAAACUGGAUAAAACGUGGAGCCCUAAUGGAACUAUUCUGGCGCAACCGUACAAUAUUCUGGAGACCAACUGUCCUCAUGGCUAUGUCCUGGCUAAUAAACAUUGCCACAAGCGUGCCUAAAAUUUAGUAUUGAAAUAAAUGUGAUUGUUAUGUAAAGAUAAUUUCUCCUAUAGCAAAUUUUGAAUUGAAGAGCAUCAUUAUUCAUAAUCAUAAAAUGUACGCAUAUAAUUACACAAUAUAUAAAAUAUAAAUGAUUUAAAAGCAUAUCUGUAAGACAACUUUAACUAGCUCUUGGUAUUCUCCCAACUUGACACUCAAUAAAAAUUGCACCUUAUGGCAUUGCUAAGUGUCCACAAGAAAAUUCUGUCACCGCCCCCAUUCUCGAGACUUUUUACACAAUUGACUCAGGUUACCAGAGAAGACCCUCGAUUGCCCCCGAUUCCACCCACUCCUCGGUUCACUAUCAACCAAUAUGUUGCGGUUGCUUCCAUGUCCAACCUGGCCAGCAGCCCCGCCUCCCACUCGGACCGAGCAUUACCCAAGGGACGGGAUGGUUCGGCUGGCUAACCGCAUACAUAAUUU